GAAAUGACUGAGCAUGACAAGUAUCUGUGGUUGAGAGUUGAGGUUAUGUUAGUAUUUUGCUGUUAGCAUCUUUUACUAAUUAGUGCCAGUGCUCCAUUUAUUUAUUUAUUUCGAAGUUAUGAAUCGUGCUAUACUUUCUUGAUAUUCUGCAUAAACGAUACCGAAAAAAUGCCGGCUCUAGAAGUAGCUAAUGAUAAUAAUGACGAGUCCUCUCAACCAAUCAAUCCUGUGGUUGGUAUAAUUUAUCCACCACCUGAAGUAAGAAAUAUCGUUGACAAAACAGCUAGUUUUGUUGCGAGAAAUGGGCCAGAGUUUGAGGCCCGUAUCAGACACAACGAACUUGGUAACCCAAAGUUCAACUUUCUUAAUCCCGGGGAUCCAUACCAUGCAUACUACCAACAUAAAGUCAAUGACUUCCGAGAAGGCAAAGGUCAAGAGCCAACAGCUGGAUUACCAGCUGCACUUAACAAACUUGCGGUUUCCGCCGCUGCUCAGCAAAAACAACAAGAAAUCUUGAGACAAAUCGAGCAACCUUUCGUACCCAAAGAACCCCCUCAAGAAUUCGAAUUCAUAGCUGAUCCACCGUCUAUAUCGGCUCUAGAUCUGGAUAUAGUGAAAUUGACAGCCCAAUUCGUAGCGCGUAACGGAAGGCAAUUUUUGACCCAAUUGAUGAACAGAGAGCAGAGGAAUUUCCAAUUCGAUUUCUUGAGACCUCAGCAUUCGCUCUUUCAGUAUUUCACAAAACUCUUGGAACAGUAUACUAAGGUUCUGAUUCCACCGAAAAGUAUGCAGCAGAGACUCAGGGAUGAAGCGAAGAGUGCUAAAGCCGUAUUAGAACAAGUUAAAUAUAGGGCAGAGUGGCUCCGGUAUCAAGAAGCUCAAAAAGCAAAGGAUGAGGAAGUCUUAGAAAGGGAAAGAGUGGCUUAUGCCCAAAUCGAUUGGCACGAUUUUGUCAUUGUUGAGACGGUCGACUAUCAGCCUUUCGAAAUCGGGAAUUUCCCCCCUCCAACGACCCCGGAAGAAGUAGGGGCCAGGAUAUUGAUACAGGAGAGGAUAGAAGAAGGCGAAGACAUCGAGAUGCAGCUGGAGAGCGAUGAAGAUGAACCAGCUGAUGAAGGUUUGAGCACGAUGCAGGACAAGACGGGCAGGAAGAAGACAGACGGAAAGGAUGACAACAGAGUCCAGGACAUGGAAGAAGAGAGCUCGGAGGAAGAGAGCGAAGACGAGUCCAGUAAAAUGUCGUCCCAGCCUCCCUUGCAGCCGCCUCUACCUCCCAUCCCCGACAAAGUCCUCGUCAAGAAAUACGACCCCAAGCAGGCCGUUAAAGUGGCCAGACCGACUGUGGGUGACGAUUACUUGAUCUCCCCCAUAACCGGGGAGAAGAUCCCGGCCAGCAAGGUCCAGGAGCACAUGAGGAUCGGUCUGUUGGACCCCAGAUGGGUGGAGCAGAGAGACAAGCACGUAUCGGAGAAGAUGAACCAAGAGACCGUCUAUGCCGGAGGGACCUCCAUCGAUGCGAGUCUCAAGCUUCUUGCGGAGCGUCGUACUGAUAUUUUCGGUGUUGGUGACGAAGAAACCGCCAUCGGUAAGAAGAUAGGCGAGGAGGAUGUCAGGAAAGACGAGAAGGUCACUUGGGACGGUCAUACGUCUAGUGUGGAGGCUGCUACGAGGGCUGCGAGGGCCAACAUUACCCUCGAAGAACAGAUCCAUCAAAUCCACAAGGUUAAGGGAUUGUUGCCAGACGAAGAGAAGGAGAAGAUUGGUCCGAAAAAUGUGCCCAAACCGGCUGUCACUAAGUCUUCGACCGUUGUCACCAAAUCCCAACCGGUACCUAACCCGACUCCUGUCAAACCUCCAGUUCAAGCCGUGCCCAGUCAAGCUCCCACGAUUGCUUUGAGCGUUCAGCCCCAACCCAUAUUGGCCCCUCAACCUCCCAUCAUGAUGAUGCCGGCUCCUCCAAUGCCUCCGAUGAGACCCCCGCCUAUUAUGAUGGCCGCGCCUCCUCCGAUGGCUGGAUUCGUGACGCCCAUGCCGCCCCAGAUGGGUCCGCCGAUGGGUGCCCCCAUGAAACAUCCAGCAGAAGUCAACCUGGACGAUGAGCCUUCGAACAAAAAGGCCAGGAACGAGGAUUCGCUCGUUCCCGAAGAAGUAUUCUUGGCCAGGAAUCCCAGUCCGGUCAACAUUAAAGUCUCGAUUCCUGUGGCACCGGAGAAGUCUGAGUGGAAGCUUAAUGGGCAGGUGAUGGCUUUGACGUUGCCUCUGGGUGAGUCGGUUUCCAAUUUGAAGGUUAAGAUUCAGGAGGAAACAGGGAUGCCACCGGCCAAACAGAAGCUGUUCUACGAUGGUAUGUUCUUCAAAGAUUCCAACACGCUGGCUUAUUACAAUAUGGUACAAGGUGGAGUUAUUCAGUUGCAAGUGAAAGAACGUGGUGGAAGAAAGAAAUGAAGAUCAAAUAAGAGUUCUAAUUAUUUACGAUUGAUUAUUUUAUUGAUGUAUUUGGAGGUUAUUUUCAUCGUAGUUACGUAUAUUAUUGUAUCUAUUUACAAAAAAGAUAAAUUUAUUAAUUCGAUGAUUGUAAUGAAAACUAUGUAACAAUAAUUCGAUGAAGAAUUUUUUUCUUGGGACGUAAUAAAAAAAUUCAUGAAA